AUUUAAAAUUGAAAAUUACAAUUCAAAGAUCAAGUUUCAAAUAAUUUAGGAUAACAACUUAAACAUUUGCAAUCAAUAUUUUCUUCUGUUCGCGAGCACAAUGACUUUAAUAUGGAGGUAUUUAUUGCUUUCGAUUAUCGCAGUUAAAUGCAAAGCUGGUGGUAUUGUCGAUUUAAAUGGGCAAUGGCAUGUAAGAGAUACGAAAAGACAUUACUCAGACAUAAGCGCAACCGUGCCCGGUGGUAUUUAUACUGAUUUAAUGGACAACAACGUAAUUGGAAAUAUUUUUUAUGGAUACAAUGAUGUGGAAACAAAUUGGAUUCCAGAAAACGAAUGGACUUACUACAAGAAUUUCACAGUAAAUGAAGAAAUGUUGAGCAUUGAUAAUGUUAAUUUGGUUUUUGAAGGACUGGACACUUAUGCUAGAAUAUCGGUAAAUGGUAAAAGAGUUGGAGUUAGUCAAAAUAUGUUUUCUCGAUACGUUUUUGACGUUAAAGAUAAUAUAAAGCUAGGAGUAAACAAAUUGGAAGUACGCUUUUUAUCUCCCAUUAAAACUUCACAAGCAAUGGCUGAUAAACAGAAAUACGUCGUACCUCCAACAUGCCCACCAACCGAAUACAGAGGAGCAUGUAAUGCAAAUAUGCUCAGAAAGAUGCAAGCAUCCUAUUCGUGGGAUUGGGGACCAUCUUUUCUAUCUGUGGGAAUAUGGAAAGAUGCAUUCGUCGAGUAUUUCAAUGAAUCAACAAUUAGAUACAUAGGAACAGAAAUUAGCGCUGAUAAAGAUAACUGGUAUUUGGAUGUCGAUGUUUAUUUCGCACCUAAAGGUUGGCUGAAAGCUGCCAGAGUAGAGGGCACCCUUGAUUUAGACAUAGUGGGACUCAUUUCCAUAAAAGAUAUAUCUCUGGAGGUUGGGGAAAAUCCUGAAGGAGAAUAUAUUUAUACUACAACAGUCACUGUCUCUAAGAAAGAAGUAAACAUGUGGUGGCCAAACGGUUAUGGAGGGCAAGAACUGUACACAUUAUGGGCCAAGUACAAAUCAAAAUAUGGGGAUGAAAGUACAAAGUCGGUAAGGGUUGGUUUUCGAACUAUAGAACUUAUUCAAGAGUCACUCGGUCAUGGAGGUGGUCUUAAUUUCUAUUUUAAAGUGAAUGGAUUACCUAUUUUCAUGAAAGGAGCCAACGAAAUUCCCUUAGAUAUUUUACCGGAACGAGGGCAGGAUCGCGAUUUAAUAAAGACUCUAAUGGAAACAGUCAAAGAGUCACACAUGAAUAUGUUACGUGUUUGGGGUGGAGGAGUUUACGAGUCUGAUUAUUUUUAUGAUUUAGCCGAUGAAUAUGGUAUUUUAAUUUGGCAAGAUUUCAUGUUCGCCAAUGCCAUGUAUCCCGUGGAUACUGAUUAUAUAUUCAAUGUUAAACAAGAAGUAAGACACCAAGUGAACAGGUUACGUAGUCAUCCCAGUAUUGCUUUGUUCGCUGGAAAUAAUGAAAAUGAAAUUGCUCUGCGACAAAAUUGGUAUGGUACAGAACCUAAUUACACAGUGUACUACAAAGAUUAUGUAGAACUGUACGUAAAGACUAUUCAAGCAGAAUUUAAACGUAUAACACGCAAUAGAAUAUUUUUGUUUUCAAGUCCAUCUAAUGGAGAUGUAACAGUCAAAGAGAAAUAUGUGGCGAAAAAUCCUGGUGACUACAAAUACGGAGAUGUUCAUUUUUACAACUACGAUUCUGAUCCUUGGGAUUCUACACUUUAUCCAGUUCCAAGAUUCACUUCUGAAUACGGUUAUCAAUCAUUGCCAAGUCUCAACUCUUUAUGGCAAGCAACCUCUAAUCCUGAAGCUCUGACCAUAAAAAGUGAUUUUAUCGACCAUAGGCAACAUCAUCCCGACGGAAAUGAUCAAUUGAAAAGUUUGAUAGAAUUCAAUUUAAAAUUACCCGAUGAAUCGCACAAAAAUUAUUUGAAAGCUUUUAUUUAUUAUUCACAAAUUGUACAAGCAGUAGGUAUCAAAAUGCAAACGGAACAUUACCGGCGUUAUCGAAGUAUUCUGAAUAAAGACAGAUUGGGUAACACUAUGGGUGCAUUAUAUUGGCAACUAAACGAUGUAUGGCUAGCUCCUACGUGGUCUGGUACUGAUUUCGCUGGCAAUUGGAAGAUGCUACAAUAUUUCGUUAGAGAUUUUUUCGCACCGGACAUUAUAACAGGAUUUAUCAACGAUAAACGUGUUCUUGAAAUUUAUGUUGUAUCUGAUAGUUUGGUAGAUGUUUCCAAUGUAACGGCUUCAAUAACAAUAUAUAACUGGAACUGUUUGAACCCCAUGCACACUAAAAACCUGUUGGUUGAUAUGAAAUCAGGAAAAUCCAAUCUAAUCAAAUCAUUGUCUACUGAUAAAUAUCUGUCCAAACAAAGGUGCGGUACAAUAGAAGAUGCCAAGAAUAACUGUUUCUUUUAUUUGUCAUUAAGUCACAACGGCAACCUUCUCGUUCCAAAGAAUUACGUUUUUCCAGCUCCUCUUAAGAACAGCAGUUUAGUGCAACCAAAAGUUAAGAUUGAGAAUGUAACUCAGAGCAACGUAAACAUUUUUGAUAUAACGGUAUCAACAGAUAAUAUUGCAUUAUUCGUUUGGUUGGAAACAGAUGUAAAAGGAAAAUUCAGUGAAAACGGAUUUGUGCUAGUGGAUUCGAGAAAAAAUGUUCGCUUCGUCAGUGAAUACCAAACUUCAUUACACGAUUUGCAGAAAAGUCUUACCAUCACGAAUUUACUUGACGAGCAAUUUUUUUAUUCUAAAUCGGUGUCAUCUGCAAUGACUGCUUCCAUUUCGAUCAUUGUGUUUUGUGUAGGCUUUAAUUUCGUUUAUAAAUAAAUAUUUGCAUUGAU